GGCCGGCAUGGUGCGCUCUGCGGGCGCCGGCGGGGCUCGGGAAGCUAGUCCGCAGCGGAGGAAUCUAUUGUUAUUUAUUGUGUGGCGGCGGCAUGCUGUACGCGGCGGCCCGGCCCUCGCCCGGGAGUGCGUGUGUGCGCGCGUGUGUGCGCGAGUGUGUGUGCGCGGGUGAGUGUGUGCGCGGGGCGCGCGCGCGGGCGGGAGUGGGCGCGCGCGGGGAAAGGCCCGAAAACACCUUAGUUUGCACCGAGAGACCAUUUGCAGCGGGUGAGUUUGUAUUUUUCCAUUUCUGCUCCACUUUUUCCCAAGCCGCCUCCUGCCUUGUUUCCGCCACUUUAACAACAACAACAACCAGCACAAAAAAAAAAAGAAAAAAAAAAGAAAAAAGAAAAAAAAAUACAACUACUUUCCACCUCCAGGCUCCACGUGCAUCUCCCCAGCCCUCCCCUCUUCCUCUCUCCCCCAGGUCCGGGCCCAGGCUCCGGGUGGGGGCCGCGAGCCAGCGCAAGGGUGGGGGAGCUCGGCGGCGCCCGCACCCUUGGGUCCAUUUGCAUAAGUCAAACGGGGGGGUGGUGCGGUGUGGGCUGCGAGAAGGCGAGAUCGCCUUCCUCGGCUCCUUCCCGCCUCUCUCUGCGCUCUCCACGAUCGCCUGGGCUAGAGAAAUCAAUAAGCCCAGGCCGCCUGUCGCAACUUUCAGCGUUCAGCGUCGGCGUCCGGUGGCCACUGGGGCGCGGGGCGGGUGCAGGGCCCGGGUCUGGGCAGCGGCGGGAGGGGACAUGCGGCGGGUGCCUCCUGGGCUCAAAGUUUGGACUCGAAGCAAACUUUUCCCCUUUCCUUUCCACGGGUGUGUGCCCCUUUGGUGCCCCUGGGCUGCCCUGAGGGCCCUGGCGGACUGAUUAGGGACGCCUGCGCCCUGGGCCCCAAGCUUGGGGUCAUCUCCGGAGCCACGGGAGCCUUGUCCCGAACCCAGCAGUGGGGACGCUUUCCCGCUAGCCCCCGGAUCCUUGAAAACUGAGACACACACCCGUGCACCCUCCACCAGACACACAACCCCACGCGCGUUCCUUCCCCGCGGCCCCGGCUUCCUCGAGAGGCGCCGGCAACAGCCGUGGCCAGAUCCUCGGGUGGGCACGGGAACAGGGUGCGCUGCGAGGAAUCGCAGUACCCGGAUCCUCCUCCCUUCGCCACGCACACUUUCUGGUUUUACCCCCCCCACCCCCCACCCCUCCAGCCUAGGGAAUGGGGUGGGGGGAUUUCCAAAGCCCUGGUCGGUUCUGCGACGCACGCGUGUCGCCGCGUCCCUCCAGCCUUGUCCCGGCAACCGAUGGCUCUCCAUUCCUCGCCUGCGCGCAGCCUUCCUCCCGAGCUCCCAGCGCUUCAUUCCUGUCCCGCAGAGACGACUCCCCGGAGCCGACCAGCCGAGGCGGCGUGCGCUUGGGGUGGGGACCAAGGCGGUGGCGGUGGCGCCAGGAGCCGAGGAGUUUGCCAGCUGCCGCGGGGUCGCGGUCAUUUGCUGCCUCCGCCUCCCCUCGCCCCCGCCUCCCGCCCCCCUCUUCCCCAGACACCGCCGCGCUCGGAAACUUUGAUUCCUUCUCCUUUUUGGCCCUCGGCGAGCCCCCCUCCCCACCUGUUGUGAGCUCCGCCUCGGUCCCCGGAGACUGGCGGUGACACACACACGGGCGCCGGGGAGCUCCGCGCCCAGAAACAAAGUCGCAUGCCCCCUCCCAAGUGUUUGCUUCGAAAUCGCUGCCUGCAGUCCCCCUUUGCCGCGCAGCUCCCGCCCCCUGAGAGAAUAAGGACUAAAUAAACAGUUGUAACUCCAAACCGUGCGCCCGCGAUCGUCUCCCUAUCCCACCCCCUUCCCCCGUCCCUCCCCCUUCUUUUUUUGUUGUUGCAACUUUGUGAGAUCCUGGGGAAGGUGCGGAGACUUGGGCUCGGGCCGAUUUCCCGGUCUCGGGAUCCUCGCUGGGAUUCCCGGAGCCGCGUCCUCUCUGCUCCACGCGCUCUCAGGGUCCUCCGAGCCCGCUGCCCUCUCUGGUCUCGGUCCCUCCGCCUACUCAGCCGUCCCGUCCCCUUCGAUUUCCCCCAACCUGCACGGGGAAAGACUUGCUGAGAGAGUCGCCCCGGUUUCUUGUCGACCGCAGACCCCGAAAGUUUGCCGGAGGAAGAGAGCGCGCGGCGAGCGAGCGGGCCCAAGGCAGCGGCAGCCGCGCCGGGGACGAUGGUGCUGCCGGCGCCGCCUCCGCGGGCGUGAAGGCAGCGCUCCCAUCCCUCCCCGGACUCCGCGGUGUCCCAGGAACUUUUGCUGACGAUUCCAGUUUCCCCACGGAACAUUCUGGCAAUGGUGAAGCUUCAAUCCCUUCUCUGAUUUGCUGUCAGCCAUGACUGGACGGAUGUGAUGCCUGUGAGCCAGAAGGGGUGACAAGUGACCUUUUGAGGUGACUGUAACUGAAGAUUGCUUUACAGACGCCAAAAAAGGUUUUUGAGUCAUGAUGCAAGAAUCUGGGACUGAGACAAAAAGUAACGGCUCAGCCAUCCAGAAUGGGUCCAGCGGCGGCAACCACCUGCUAGAGUGCGGCGGGCUCCGGGAGGGAAGGUCCAACGGGGAGGCACCGGCCACCGAGCUUGGGGCAGCCGACCUGGCCCACGUCCAGCAGCAGCAGGCUCUACAAGUGGCCAGACAGCUCCUGCAGCAGCAGCAACAGCAGCAGCAGCAAGUUAGUGGACUAAAGUCUCCCAAGAGGAAUGACAAGCAGCCGGCCCUUCAGGUCCCCGUGUCGGUGGCUAUGAUGACACCUCAGGUUAUCACUCCGCAGCAGAUGCAGCAGAUCCUCCAGCAGCAGGUGCUGAGCCCUCAGCAGCUCCAGGUGCUCCUCCAGCAGCAGCAGGCCCUCAUGCUUCAGCAGCAGCAGCUUCAAGAGUUUUAUAAAAAACAACAGGAACAGUUGCAGCUUCAACUUUUACAACAACAGCAUGCUGGAAAGCAGCCUAAAGAGCAGCAGCAGGUGGCCACCCAGCAGUUGGCCUUCCAGCAGCAGCUCCUACAGAUGCAGCAGCUCCAGCAGCAGCACCUCCUGUCUCUGCAGCGCCAAGGCCUCCUAACCAUCCAGCCCGGGCAGCCCGCCCUUCCCCUCCAGCCUCUCGCUCAAGGCAUGAUUCCAACGGAGCUGCAGCAGCUCUGGAAGGAGGUGACGGGUGUGCACACUGCAGAAGAAGCCACGAGCAACAACCCCAGCAGCCUGGACCUGACCACCUGUGUGUCCUCCUCCGCCCCCGCCAAGGCCUCCCUGGUGAUGAACCCACACGCCUCCACCAAUGGCCAGCUCUCGGUGCACACGCCCAAGAGGGAAAGCCUGUCCCACGAAGAGCAUCCCCACAGCCAUCCUCUGUACGGACACGGCGUGUGCAAGUGGCCGGGCUGCGAGGCCGUGUGUGAAGACUUCCCGUCGUUUCUGAAACAUCUCAACAGUGAGCACGCGCUGGACGACAGAAGUACAGCCCAGUGUAGAGUCCAGAUGCAGGUGGUGCAGCAGUUAGAGCUACAGCUUGCUAAAGACAAAGAACGCCUCCAGGCCAUGAUGACCCACCUGCAUGUGAAGUCUACGGAACCCAAAGCCGCCCCUCAGCCCCUCAAUCUGGUGUCCAGCGUCACGCUCUCCAAGUCCGCCUCUGAGGCUUCUCCACAGAGCUUACCUCAUACCCCCACGACCCCCACCGCUCCCCUGACUCCCGUCACCCAAGGCCCCUCCGUCAUCACCACCACCAGCAUGCACACGGUGGGACCCAUCCGCAGGCGGUACUCGGACAAGUACAACGUGCCCAUUUCUUCAGCAGAUAUUGCGCAGAACCAAGAAUUUUAUAAGAACGCAGAAGUUAGACCGCCAUUUACGUAUGCAUCUUUAAUUAGGCAGGCCAUUCUCGAAUCUCCAGAAAAGCAGCUCACGCUGAAUGAAAUCUAUAACUGGUUCACGCGAAUGUUUGCUUACUUCCGGCGCAACGCAGCCACGUGGAAGAAUGCAGUGCGCCAUAAUCUUAGUCUUCACAAGUGUUUUGUGCGAGUAGAGAACGUUAAAGGGGCAGUGUGGACGGUGGAUGAAGUAGAGUUCCAAAAGCGAAGGCCACAAAAGAUCAGUGGUAACCCUUCCCUCAUUAAAAACAUGCAGAGCAGCCACGCCUACUGCACCCCUCUCAAUGCGGCUUUACAGGCUUCGAUGGCGGAGAACAGCAUACCUCUAUACACUACCGCUUCCAUGGGCAACCCCACCCUGGGCAACCUGGCCAGUGCCAUGCGGGAGGAGCUCAACGGCGCCAUGGAGCACACCAACAGCAACGAGAGCGACAGCAGUCCCGGACGGUCCCCUCUGCAAGCCGUGCAUCCUGUGCACGUCAAAGAAGAGCCCCUCGAUCCCGAGGAAGCUGAAGGGCCUCUGUCCUUGGUGACGACAGCCAACCACAGUCCAGAUUUUGACCAUGACAGAGAUUAUGAAGACGAACCGGUCAAUGAGGACAUGGAGUGAACACCUGGGGCGGGGCCAGCCCAAGAGGGAAGAUCGGAGACGAGAAACAAAAACAUGUCCAAAGUUUGCAGUGCAGUGGCUCUGCGUUGGCCUGGCCGAACAGGCUGGAGGAGCCUCACUACACUUUGGCAACUCUGAAACGUGUUAACUCUUAGUGCCAUCAAGAAUCCCAUUUGGGAGUAUUUUUGAUUUUUCUACUUUUUGUUGAAAAAAGGAAUUUGUACUCUGUGCGUUGGAUGGACUCGUUUGGUACUUGGGAUUUUCCUCUCUUCACAGUCAACAUCAGUGUUGUAAAUUUGCUAAACUGAGAUUCACUUUUAGCAGCAGACUUUGAACUGCAGUCCUGCCGGCAUUGGACACUGAGGACGCCGACUGAGCUUGCACACCUGAGCUGCAGACCACGCCUCUGCCAGGAUCCAGGACUCCAGUGGACGGCCUGUUGCACAGUACCGCAUGUUGAUUAUCACUGCCUUUACGCCUUUGGGUUUUUUGAUUUUUUUUUUUUUUUUUUUUUUGCUUCCAGUUGGGAUGGGGAAGGCCUUUGUGUGUGUAUUGGGGGGCGGGGUUAAAAUUAUCCCAAACUUUUUAAUGUAUGGCUUUUUUUUUUCCUUCUACUUUACCAUUUUAAGUUCUGACCUCAGGCCUCCACUUGGGCCCACGGCCUCUUGGAGGCUUAAAGUUUUCUGUACCUUGUGAUGAAUGUUGAUAGGUAUUUUUUAUUACACAGAGCUGAAUGUCAUUUCUCGUUCGUAGUUUUCUGUCACUCAUUCCAUUUUCCUACAGACGCCACCACGUUUCUCUGAAGUCAGAAAACAUUCCGUUUUGGUCUUUUUCCAAAAAGGUCCCAAAUGCUGCAACUCUACACAUGAAGGUCCCGUCACACAGAUGGGACGUCCUGCCAGAAAGAGAAUGAAUGACAGAAAAAAAAAAAAAAAAAUAGAGACACACUCAGAACAAUGCAGACUCAUUCCACAGAGCAGUAUUGGGGUGGUGAGGGGUUGUUCAGAAUUCCUUUUUUUUUUUUUUUUGAAAAUAAGAAGCAUCAUUCUGAAUAAAUGCCACAGCACUGCACCAGCACAAGGACACAGGCAGGCACGGUGAUGAUUAGGCUGACCUCGUGGAUGGGAAUGGCUCUCCCUCCAUGACCCCGUGGUCAGGGUCUGGGGCUCCUUGCUGGGAUGACCACCGUGGGCUGCCUUGACUACAAAGUGACCAGAGGCCAGCUCCCCAAAGCAACUUUGUUGGAGGGGGGCAGUGUGGAGGCUGGAUCAUUGGAGCUGCCUGUUGGCACUAUUCUGUUUAAAUGCAAAUUAGACUUCAGGUCGCUCUUGUUGAGGGCGUUAAUGAGGACCGAGUUCAGCAAAUGCCGAAGUGUGUGUCUGGGAGGUGCGCGGCUGGUGUGUCACUAUCACUGUCCCCCAGUGUGGAAAGCUGACAGAAGACAUCAGGUAGACCAGGCUCCUGCAGGCCCUGGGCUUCGGGGGAGCUGCACCGGGCGUUCACAGCGCCACGGCCUCGGUCCUCCAGCCCGGCCACACCUCCGUCUGCACCCAUUUCCCUGACAUGUAUUUAUCUAGAACUGUAGCUUUUGUUUUUAGUUUGAGAGCCUUUUGGAGCUUAAUUUAUAUUCUUUGUACCUUUUAUUUCUAAAAUUACCAAAGAUAUUACACAAAGGUAAAUUAUGUUCUCUGUUUUAUGCUUUAUCUGAUGAAGCCAAAUAUCCUCUUAUUGUUGAUCAAAGGAGGUGAAAGGAUUUAGAAGCAAAUGAUAAAAGAUACAGGCUAUUGCUAACCUGAGAAAGUUGGCCAUAGAGCAGAUUUAGAAGACCAAGUAGGUAAAGGAACCAAAGUUGUUACUUUUUUCUAGUUUUUCUUUUUUUCUUCUUCUUGUACCUCUACAGAGACCAAAACUCAUCUUUAUUAAGAAAAAUUAUGGGGCUACUGAAGAUGAAAAUAGGGCACAGUAUUAUAGUUGCUACAGAAGGAACGAAGUCCCAUCUCAAAGAGCUGUGAGCGUUGCCACCGGAAGUGAGCAUGUCCAAUAGAGGAGACAGUUAAGCUGAAAACCAGGAAGAACCGAAAAGCAUCUGCAAUUGAACCUAGACCACAUGAUAUCAUUUCUAGAAUUUUUUUGUUGUUAUUUAGUGAGAUUACAUGCCAUUUUUGUUUAUGAACUGUGCUGUGAUGACUGCAUUAAUUUUGGUUUAUUUUGGCAUAGAUCCUCCAAUUUGUCUUUAUGUUAUUUAUCUUUUUGGAAUAGGCUUUGGACAACAUUUUUCAUUUACUAAAAUGAAAAAAAAAAAAAAGUAACACUCCUGUCCACUCAUAAGCUUGGUACAAAAACGUCUUUGGCAAUGACCUUGGAAGCGUCACUCUGCUUUCUAUUUGAAGGGCAGUCUGUGGUCCCUCACGGCUCCCCCACUUCUCCAGGCAGCUUCGUGAUGUGCAGGCAGUAGCCGGGGGGUCCCGGGAAGGGCCCCGUGCUUCUAAACGGAGUGGUUGCUGGUUAGUGUGGUAUUCAAAAGAGGAUAAAAAUCUGGUAGAUUAGCUCAUUCUCAGCAUGUGUAGCUAGACACGAGUAACGGUAACAGCAUGAGAGACUGUUAGUACGCAUACCUCAGUCCAAACCUUAGGAAUGAUGAAAACUUAAAAAUACAUUUCACUCAGUUGCACCUAGUUGUAUGUCUUGCAUGCUUAGUCUAAAGACUGUAGCAAAAAAAAGAAAAAAAAAGAAAAAUUAGAUUUUACAUAUCUUUGCAGGUAUCAUAGCCUUGCAGAAGAACCAACUGAAAAAGCAAUUCUCAGGCUUCACAGCAAGCAAAUGUCACUAUGAUUUCUACAGUUCAAAUUCUGUAUCCCAUGGGGGUUCCGGUCGCUUCCUUAGGAUGGGGCUUAUUAUGUUGUACAUAAAUCCCAAUGUGUCUGUGUGAAUCUUUGUCUUUUCUGGGGGAGGGCAGAGGGCGGUUCUUUUUUUAGAUAUUGUUCCUAAAAAGGAAUAAAUGCAUACACCUGUUUGUCAAAACACCUUUGCUUUUUGUGCAACUGCUUUAUAUUAACAACAGAAACAUCUUUGGGAAAAAACAAAAAACCUGCUGUAUGUAAUGGAAUUGCAGAACAUGCUGUACUUCCUUUGCUUUGAGAAUAUUGGAUGACGUUUUCUGACGUGGGAGGGAGAAACUUUUUUUUUUUUUUUUUUUUGCUUUUGAAUUGUAACAUAGUUGAUGAAUUUUUUUUCCCCGUUAUCAUCGAUUGGAGCAUUUUGUACAGGUUUGUGUGUGCGUGGGUGCGUGUUUUAAUCUGUUUUUUAAUACAUUCCUGUCCCUUGUGUUUUAUCCUGCCACUGCCUUCCUGGCUGUCUUAAAACAAGUUCAUACAUUUGAAAAAAGAAAAAAAAAUGUUGUUUAAAAAUGUUUUCUCCUGCUGCAGUAAAUAUUUUGCAUGAUGAAAUUCUAGGGUCACACUUUCAAAGUUUAUCAGUGAAGUAGUGAUUCAUAUUGGGGAGUGUUGGAAAUAUUUGAAGUUUUGUAUAAAAAAAAAAAAAAAACUUUACAAGGUGCCAAGAUGUAAAGACAGUUUGUUACUUUUUUUUUUUUCCUCUCCUCAGAGAAAGGCAUACAUUAGGGAGGGGGUCCCAUGUGUCAGACUAAGGCAGUGUCAGGAAUGCGGACUCACCCUACCUGUCCCUAGAGUCUGUCCCUGUAAGACGAGCGAGGCUGCCAGGCUGGACCAGCAAAGAAAAGAAACAGGUUAUGCACUAAGAGUGACCGCCGACCCCGUCCCCUUCCAGCUGUCCUAAAAGGAUGCUCCCAGUGUCCCCUCAGACCUAAUAAAGAAAAUCAUGGAUUCUUAACCUAAAAUGUGACGUAAAUCACUAGAUCUUUUCUUUUUUAAAUCAUAAAAACAAGGCGACUUCAUGCAUAUCUGCCCCUUUCCCACCCAUCCCAGCUGAGCUGCCUGCAGGGCUCACGCGGCAGUGCUCAUGACCACCCUCGAUCUGUGCGGUGCCUUUGGGUUCCUGGCAUCCCCUCCGGACGUUCUGAAUGUUUUGCAAGUCGAUUUCACCCUUGUAUCCAGAGGAGGAGGUCUACAGCCCUCCAGGCGUCCCGUGGGCCUGGCAGCUCAUGCCACCCUGCUCCCUGCGGGCGGCCGUGGUGGCCACAGCGCGGUCCGGACAUGAGCGUGGUGCUCCAUGUGUUCGUGCUGCCAGUAACUAGAGCUGCUUUGUUUUGUUUUGAUAAGGCAUAAAAGAAACUCAUUCCUUGACAUCAACUGUAAUUCCAUCAUUCCAUGUCUGUGGCUACAGACAAUAAAAAAAAUGUGGUGUAGUCAGUACUGACGACUGACACGAUAGCGUUCUCAAAUGCAAUAAAGACGCUGGUUGUUCACACUGGU